AUGGGGAAUUGCCUUAACCACCAACCUGGAAUGACAUGGGUCGACGAGGAGGGUUGGGACACGAUGGGUUCCGGCAGUCCUCGGCGCGACGAUCGAGUGGCGAAGACGGCAUUAGAGAAGCUCAGACAAAAGUCAUUACUGAGACGGGAGAAUGGAGGUGCAUCAUCUUCCCUGGUUAAGAUCAAGAUCACGAAGAAGCAGUGGGAGGAACUGAUGUCCCGAGCUGACAUGCAGGGAGUGGAUGUCCACCGAGUGCUAAGCCGUAUCAUGGGCAGAAGUCGAUCAUAUGUCGAGGGCCGAGGACGGCAAUGGAGACCGAGCCUGCGGAGUAUACCGGAAGAUGCCGAGUCCGAGGUCAACAACAUUGGUUCCAGAUAA